GCGCGGCCGCGAGUGAGUGCAUCUUGGUGACGGGCGGACGCGGGACUGUGGUGGCAAUGGCGGCUUGGUCCACCUUAAACGCUGCGGGUGUGACUCUGUUCCUCUUGUUGGUCCUUCUUCGCGUCUCACAGGCUCAGACCUUCUUCUUCCCUUUCCGGCAGCCGGAGACAUGCGGCCACAACCAGUACUUCGAUAUCUCCGCGCUCUCCUGUGUCGCGUGUGGAGCCAAUCAGAGGCAGGAUGCUCGAGGAACUGUAUGUGUGUGUCUACCAGGAUUUCAGAUGAUCUCUAAUAAUGGAGGACCUGAUAUUAUUUGUAAAAAGUGCCCAGAAAACAUGAAAGGUGUUACUGAAGAUGGCUGGAACUGUAUUUCUUGCCCUGGUGGUUUAACUGCAGAAGGAAAAUGCCACUGUCCCACUGGCCAUAUUUUAGUGGAAAGAGAUGUUAAUGGAACGUUGUUGUCUCAAGCAACUUGUAAGCUCUGUGAGGAGAGUGAAAACUCUUUUACAAUAGCAAAUGCUUUAGGAAACAGGUGUGUCCAAUGUGAACCAACAUUCAUUAAUACCAGCAGGUCCUGUGUGUGUUCAGAACCUAACAUUUUAACAGGGGGAUUAUGUUUCAGCAGCACAGGGAAUUUCCCUCCACGUAUGAUUUCAGCUGCACGUUAUGGAGAUCUUGGCAUGUCUUUCACUUCAGAAUGGUUUGCAGAGUAUUUGCAGUCAGCAGCAGCUGCUUGUUGGGUGUAUGCCAAUCUAACAUCUUGCCAAGCUCUUGGAAAUAUGUGUGUGAUGAAUAUGAAUUCUUAUGACUCUACCACUUUUGAUGCAUGUCGACUGUUUCACUUUAUCUUUGAAAAUACUGCUGGACUGGGCACUGUUCAUUCUGUUUCAUUUUGGAGACAGAAUCUUCCAUGGCUGUUCUAUGGAGACCAGCUAGGAUUAGCACCUCAAGUACUCAGUACUACACCUCUUCCCACAAAUUUCAGUUUUAAAGGGGAAAACCAGUAUACAAAACUGAAGUUUGUUGCUGCUUCUUAUGAUGUAAGAGGAAAUUUUCUCAAGUGGCAAACUUUAGAAGGAGGUGUUUUACAGCUUUGUCCAGACACAGAGACAAGAUUAAAUGCUGCUUAUUCCUUUGGAACAACCUAUCAGCAGAAUUGUGAGAUUCCUAUCUCUAAGAUCUUAACUGACUUCCCCAUGCCUACAUUUUAUGAUGUGUACCUUGGAUAUACUGAUGAAAAUCAACACCAAUAUAUUUGGGCUGUGCCUGUGUUAAACUUAAAUCUUCAGCACAAUAAAAUAUUUGUGAACCAAGACAGUAGCUCUGGCAAGUGGCUUCUGACUCGGCGCAUUUUCUUAGUGGAUGCACUAAGUGGAAGAGAAAAUGACUUAGGAAGUCAGCCAAGAUUAAUUCGAGUUGCUACCCAAAUAUCACUGAGUAUCCGCCUUGUACCCAACACAAAAAAUGGAAAUAUCUACCCUCCCUUAAUUACCAUUGCCUACAGUGACAUUGAUAUCAAAGAUCCCAACAGCCAGUCUGUGAAGGUUUCUUUCUCGGUCACAUAUGAAAUGGAUCAAGGAGAAGCACAUGUCCAGACAGAUAUUGCUUUGGGUGUGUUGGGUGGACUAGCUGUUUUAUUGUCUCUUUUGAAGACAGCAGGUUGGAAGAGACGCAUUGGGAGUCCCAUGAUCGAUUUACAGACAGUUAUGAAAUUCUUGGUUUACUAUGCUGGUGAUCUGGCCAAUGUUUUCUUUAUCAUCACUGUGGGAACAGGUCUUUACUGGCUUAUUUUCUUCAAAGCACAGAAGUCUGUCUCUGUUUUGCUACCAAUGCCGGCUCAGGAAGAACGUUUUGUUACUUAUGUGGGAUGUGCCUUUGCUCUGAAGGCUCUGCAAUUUUUGCAUAAGCUCAUCUCCCAGAUUACCAUAGACAUAUUCUUUAUUGAUUGGGAGCGACCUAAAGGAAAGGUUCUUAAAGCUGUUGAAGGUGAGGGUGGUGUUCGGAGUGCUACCGUUCCAGUAAGCAUAUGGAGAACAUAUUUUGUGGCAAAUGAAUGGAAUGAAAUUCAGACUGUGAGAAAAAUUAACCCACUCUUUCAAGUACUUACUGUCCUCUUCCUUUUGGAGGUUGUGGGAUUCAAGAACUUAGCAUUAAUGGACUCAUCUUCUAGUCUUUCCAGAAGCCCACCUAGCUACAUAGCUCCUUAUAGCCGCAUUUUGAGAUAUGCAGUGUCUACCGCUCUUUGGCUAGUCAUUGGAAUUAUACAGAUUGUGUUCUUUGCUGUCUUUUAUGAGAGAUUUGUAGAAGAUAAAAUUCGACAGUUUGUUGAUUUGUGCUGUAUGAGCAAUAUAUCAGUGUUUCUGUUAUCCCACAGAUGUUUUGGUUAUUACAUUCAUGGUAGAUCAGUACAUGGGCAUGCUGAUACUAAUAUGGAAGAAAUGAAUAUGAAUCUUAAAAGAGAAGCGGAAAAUUUGUGUAGCCAAAGAGGUUUGAUACCCAAUACAGAUGGUCAAACUUUUCAAAUUGCUAUUUCUAGCCAAAUGAGACAACAGUAUGACAGAAUCCAUGAGACACUAACAAGGAAAAAUGGCCCUGCUAGACUAUUGAGUUCAUCAGGAAGUACUUUUGAGCAGAGUAUAAAAGCAUAUCAUACUAUGAAUAAAUUUCUUGGCUCUUUCAUCGAUCAUGUUCAUAAGGAAAUGGACUACUUUAUAAAAGAUAAAUUGCUUCUUGAAAGAAUUCUUGGAAUGGAAUUCAUGGAACCAAUGGAAAAAAGCAUCUUUUACAAUGAUGAAAGUUAUUCUUUCAGCAGUGUUCUGUAUUAUGGAAAUGAAGCCACUCUUCUUAUUUAUGAUCUGAUGUUCUUCUGUGUUGUGGAUUUGGCUUGCCAAAAUUUUAUUUUAGCAUCCUUCCUUACGUACCUACAGCAAGAGAUUUUUAGAUUUAUUCGUAAUACAGUAGGACAGAAGAAUUUGGCAUCCAAAACACUGGUGGAUCAAAGAUUUCUGAUUUAAUUUAUUGAAUAGAUAAAGACAAUUAUAAUCAUGGCAAAAAGAAAGUCAUGAUUAUCAGGUUAGUUUGCCAUAUUUUUUAAAACUUGUAAUACAAAUUAGUCUAUUUUUAUUUUUUAAUCUACAGAAAGAUUUAUUUUUAUAACUUGUAGAUACAUAACUUGCUUUGUGAACAUGUAGUGUAAUACAGUGGAAAAUAUUAUUUUCCUAUUAUGCAUGGUAUUUAAUUCACCAGCUUAUAGACUAGAUAGCUCUGACAAUGGGACAAAAAAAAAAUCUAAAUAUUGCUUUCAGCAUAACAUUUUUUUAAUGAUAUUCAAAACAGUCCCCAUCAUUUGUCUCUGUAGAUUAUUUUAUGAACUAGAUUUGCCUAUAUUUUCUCACACUGAAAAAGAAUUUUGAUUCCAAUUUCAAGCCUAGUUUUCAAUUCAGUAUUUUGUUUUACAUAUUUUAUGGUUAAAUAAAUGUUGAAAAUAUUUUCAAGUUUACUUAGAAAUUUGAAAUUGUAUAUGGGCUGAAUCAAUUUGCCUCAUUUUAAUUGUUCACCCUGUUUGGCAGUGGACUGAUUCACUAUUGGAAUAAUAGGCACCUCGUGGAAUGGUACAUAGUCAUUCCUUUGUAUACCUGUAUUAUUAGGUCAAUAUACUCUUUCCAUGAAGUAUGUUUAUAUCUCUAAUAUCAUUUACAUUAUUGAGCUGUAAUAUGUGACAUUUUCCUCAGUAUAGCUUUUUAUACAUUUAUUCAUUACUUAACAUUUUAAGAGCACUCCCAAAGCUUUGCUCUUCAGUUAUGUUUAAAGAUUGUAAAUAACAAACUGUAAGUUAUGUUAACAAGAUGAUUUAUUGAAAGUAAACUUAGGUUUCCUAAGUUAGUAGGCUAGUAUUUUUUUUUAAAUAAGGAAAAAAAUAUGAGGAGCCAAAAUAUAAUUAAUGUAAAUCCUGAGCCAUGUAGCUAAUAGUUUUCCAUGAUAUUAUUUUUCUUCAAUAUGCUCUUUAAUAAUCCUUUUCAUUGUGUACCAUGAACUUGAAAGUCACCUUAUUUCAAGUAUAGUGGUCAUUAACCCCCAAAGCAACAUUUCUUACUGCCUUCUAUGUUAAUGUGUAAAUACUUAAAUGUAAUGCCAUGUAAAUAUUGUUUAUAUUACUGAAUUGAAAAUAUAGAAUAAAACAUUUGGUGUUUCUCUUUCCUGUUUUAUUAAUAUGUAUUUUAUGAAAUAGCAUUUAGGAAUACAACAGUAUUGGGGCGGGUGUCCCCAGCCAUUGCUAAAGCUGAAUCCUUUACAUUCUCUGAAUGUUGAGGAUGACUGAGAAGAGGGGAGGCUAAUAAGUUGAGGAUUUGAAACUCUGGUUUCUUAAGGGUCACAGUACAGAAAUGCCUUUCUAAAAGCCUCAGAGAUAAGUAAAUGUACCAGCAUGGAUUUUUAAAGCCACCUACUCAGAAGCUGAUGAAAGAAAUACGACUCUCAUUCUACAUGAAAGAAGUUAAUAUUCGUGUGAAUGUAUCUAAGUGGAAAUUUCAAAAAAUAUGAUCGGUUGGCUCACCUGCUGAUAAAUUAAGACAGAGAAAAGACAUUUAAAAAAUCAGUUUAAAGUAGUUUUGUACAAUAUUAUUUUUAUUUUGGUUAGAUACAUAAAAGGGUAUACAGGUUUUCAUAUACUGUUGACUCUUGUGUUCAUAUUUCCACGGUUUAAACUUUGUGAUCAUGUGCUUAAUUUUCUACUAGACCCAUAAUCUUUUGUCUAUUUCUGUAAAACCAACCCACUGUACUUUGUAUAUUAUAUCCUUAAUUUUACUGAUUACAUAGAAACAUUUGAUAAAUCUCUUGGUCAUUUCAUAAUGACCCUAGGUUCACCUAGAGGUUCUUUACAAGCUGCUGUGUGCUUUCUAUCCUCCUUAUUUAUUUAUUUAUUUUUUUAAAUAAAUUUAUUUAUUUAUUUUUGGCUGUGUUGGGUCUUCGUUUCUGGGCGAGGGCUUUCUCUAGUUGCGGCAAGCGGGGGCCACUCUUCAUCGUGGUGCGCGGGCCUCUCACUAUCGCGGCCUGUCUUGUUGCGGGGCACAGGCUCCAGACGCUCAGGCUCAGUAGUUAUGGCUCACGGGCCCAGUUGCUCUGCGGCAUGUGGGAUCUUCCCAGACCAGGUCUCGAACCCGUGUCCCCUGCAUUAGCAGGCAGAUUCUCAACCACUGUGCCACCAGGGAAGUCCUAUACUCCUUAGAAAUGCAUAGGCCCUUGAAAUAAUUCUGCAGAUCACUCUCUCUAUUUGAGAUGUUUAUACUCGCUUACUUCUUUCAUACUGCUGCCCUAGCAAACUGCCUUUUGAGAAGGCUCUGCUGUUUACCUAGAUUGAGAAGCAUUCAGAAUGACCAUUAACACAGUGCUUGCAAGCAUGAAACAUGUACCUUUUUGUUGUUGGUAAACAUUGACAAUAAAAGCUGAGAGGAAAUAAAUGUAAGUUGAAGAGCAGUGUGGCUUAAUGGAAAAAUGCUCCAAAUUUAGUAACAGAAGCCGUGGAUUUGAAUUAGAAUUUUGCCCUUUGUCACUUACUAGCUUUGUGACUUUACACCAAGUUGUUUGGCAUCUUUGAGCUUCAUUCCACAUCUUUAUAAUGGAAAUAAUAUCCUUUGCUUACCACUUGUAAGGAUUAAUCCAUUAAGAUAGGCUUAUAAUGGUAAACUAUGAACACUGGAAUUUUAAAAUAUUUUAGUUUGAAAUAUGUACCUUCAAAUGUAUAUUCUAUCUUGCUAAUAAAUUAAUUCUAUGAUAUCAAAACUGAGAUUACUGAUUUCAGUAACUAAGCAAUGAAAAUCCUGGACCUUACUUCUGCCUCAGUCACCCCAGCCUCAACAAGGAAGAGGCCUUGGUAGAUGUCAGACCUUUAGUGAAAGGAGGCAAGAAGGAGCUGUUACCCCAUUUUGUAGGUGUGGUUUGUGGUACAGAUUAGAAAAGAGUAGAGAGUGGAAUGUUGUCUCUGGAAGGGAGGGUUUAUUUCAUUUGCUUAUUCAUUUAUACAUUCAUUCAAGCAACAUUUCUACCCAUUCCCACUCCCUGGCCCCUCAGAAGGAUAAGACAAUUAGUAGAGGAAACAGGUAUAUUAACCAUAAUUACAGCAAUCUGAAAAGUGCUGCAGCCACUAGGGUGUGAUGUGAGGAAAGCUCGUAACUGCGCAUCUCUGGUCAUCAGGGCUUUGACCUGACAGAGUGGUAUUUGAUCUAAGAUUUAAAGAUAAACAAGACAAGUGCAAUCAGAGCAAGGAACAAUAUAUGCUCUGAGGAAGCACAUGGCCAUUGGCUACUACAGAUUGUUUGAAUACGGAAUACAUAUAUUGUUUAUGUAUAUAUUUUUAAUAUUCUGUAUAUUAUGAUGUUUUAACAUCUUAAAAUUUUUUUCAGACUGGGGAGAGACUGCCCUGCUGGGACUAGCCAAUUCUUAGAGGUAGCAAAGGACCCACACAGAAGCAGGCCUCUGAUAUGCAAACUCACCAAUCCAGAGCCAUACCUGCACCAUCUGGCCCUUACCCCCACUGGAAGCAAUAUUCCUCUGCCUUAGUCAUCCCAGGACCAGGUACUAGGCAACCAGGGACCACUCCUAUAGCUUAGAGCCUGCUGUAAUUAUUCAAAGUAACCAGUCCUAAGUUGUUACCCUGCCCUGCCUUGCCUUUCCUGCAGAAAUGCAGAAACUAAUAAAGGCCAUGGCCUAGGCUCUCCCCUCGCUCCUGUCCCUUUGCCUCCUGACCAACACUGGUGCUUCCCCAUGUGGCUCUGCAUGGCAUGGGUGCCUCCUGUUUCUGACCUGUAAGUAUAAUAAACUUUGUUUUCCUGAGCCUC